AUGCUUCUUCUUGAUUUCCUUCAUCAGCACAACUUGGGAGAAGAAAAAAAUGUAUCGAAAAAGAAACAGCAUAAUUCAAUGAGCUGUAGAGCAGAUUUAAGACAGAAACAUUCUCAAGAGAAAACCAAGAAAGAAAAACUGAAUUUGGAUGCUGAUGAAGUAAGAACUCUUCGUAUACAAAGACGUCCCGACGGAACGGAUAACAUUUUAACGGAAUUUUUUAUUCCAUCAUUUCUGAAAGAAAGUGAAUAA